CGGCGGCGGGGCAUGGCGGAGGCGGGGGCGGCCGGGCCGGAGGCGGCCGGGGAUGGCGCGGCCGAGGAGCGCGGGGCCGUUAUCGGCGCCACCGUUCCCACCGGGUUCGAGGUGACGGCGGCCGCGGAGGUGCAGGAGAAGCUGGGCUCCGCGUCCCGGAUCAGCAGGGACCGCGGGAAGAUCUACUUCGAGGUGCCGGUCCGCAGCCUGCCCGAGGUCCAUCGGCUGAGGUCUGUGGAUAACUUGUUUGUUGUUGUUCAGGAGUUCAAAGACUAUCAGUUUAAAGAAACCAAGGAAGAUGCUCUAAAGGAUUUGGAAGAUUUGGUUAAAAAACUGCCUUGGACUGAUCCUUUGAAAGUUUGGGAGCUGAACAACAGCUUAAAAAAGAAGAAGACAAAACGCAAAAAACAUAAUCCGCAGAGAACUGCAAGCAAAGAAAAGCUGAAUGAUGAUGGAGAAGAGGAAAAAGAUCAAAAAGAUGCUGGUGGGCAGGAGGACUGUGCCCCAAAUGGGGCAGGUGCAGAGCCGGCUAUUGGCCAGAGCACAGAAGAGAUGCAAGGAGAGGCCUCACAAAAUGAGGAUGAUGAUAACGAACAGUCAGAGGCUAAAAACAAACUGCAUGCCAGUUCUGAGGCUGAGACAAAGGCUGGUGAUGAUAAGAAAGGCGAAGGAGAUGCAAAGGUGUUAAAGUUUCGUGUUACAUGCAAUAGGGCAGGAGACAAACACAGUUUUACAUCAAACGAGGCUGCAAGAGACUUCGGAGGAGCUGUGCAGGAGCACUUCCAGUGGAAAGCUGAUAUGACGAACUUCGAUGUAGAGGUUCUCCUGAAUAUUCACAAUAAUGAAGUAGUUGUGGGCAUUGCGUUAACUGAGGAGAGUCUUCACAGAAGAAAUAUUACACAUUUCGGACCCACAACUCUUCGCUCAACUCUUGCUUAUGGCAUGCUUAGACUCUGUGAUCCCCAGCCGACGGAUAUCAUUGUUGAUCCAAUGUGUGGUACGGGUGCAAUACCAAUAGAGGGAGCUAUGGAAUGGCCUGGUUGCUACCACAUUGCUGGUGAUAACAACCCACAAGCUGUAAAGAGAGCAGCAAGCAAUAUCUGCUCUUUGUUAAAGAAAAAUGAAAGUAAGGAAAGCAGUGCUUCCUUGGGCGUACCCUUAGACAUCGUUCAGUGGGAUAUUUGCAAUCUCCCUUUGCGGACCGGCUCCGUGGAUGUUAUUGUGACAGACAUGCCUUUUGGAAAAAGGAUAGGGUCAAAGAAGAAGAACUGGGAUCUCUAUCCAGCCUGCCUCAUGGAGAUGGGGCGGAUCUGCACACCAGGCACAGGUAGAGCUGUGCUGCUUACUCAGGACAAGAAAUGCUUCGCCAAGGCAUUGUCAAGACUGGGACACAUCUGGCGCAAAAAUCAAACGGUGUGGGUGAACGUAGGGGGACUUCAUGCAGCAGUGUAUCUUCUGAAACGCACCUGGGAAAGAAUCGAAGAAAAAAGGUCAUUCUGGUAAUAGCCCACGUGGAAGAAGACAGCAGACACCUCCAGACUUCCUAGAUGAGCAGAUUGGUAAAGGAGACAUGUCUCAGUUCCUAAGCAAAACACAAUGUAUGUGAAAAUUGUAUAACGUGAGCAUUGAACCAGGGACCAACCUGAGAACUCCCCAUUGUACCAUGUGCUCUGAAACUUUACUUAAGUUUUCUCUUUUCACCCUGCCACCCAAACUGAAAGUCAGUAAUGGUGUUAGUAAUGCUCUCCUUUGCCUGAGCCUUUUCUACUACGUCUGUUGUGUUUCUCAGUUAAAUGCUUGUUUCCUCUGCUUAUAGUAGAAAACAUGUUGAGGCAUUUUUGGAGGUAGCAGCUAAUUUUUCCCCCAAACUGUAGAGAUCGUAUCUUAAAUUGACAGUCUUAGUAGUCCAGUUAGUUAUCUUAAAGCGUUUAGGGGUAGUACCUCUUUACUGUGGGAUUUUUUCAAACUGAAAGCUUAAAAUUUAUACUGUUGCCCAAAGGUAAAUUAAGAUAUUUUAUACUCCAGUAAGAAAAUGUUGAGCUGUAUGCUCGUGUUGCUGUUUGUUUUCUUAACUGUUACCUCAAGUUAGUGCUAGGUGAGGGUCUCAUUCCUGACUCACGUACCGCUGUGUGGGUGAGGGGAUACCACGUGCCACCUUAGCAAAUCGUUUGUAGUUGCUAUUGGAGAGCAGAGAUGCUUCCAGCAGUUUAAUCUAAAAGUUUGUGUUUUCAGUGUCAGAUGUUGGCACAUGAGGGUGGCAGUGUGUUUAAAUUUAUUAGGUGACUGAAGCUGCUCUAGGUAUGCUGCCAUACUGACAACAACACGUUUGUUCAAUUAACCGAAGUUGAAAAUAUGUUUUCUUCUCUGAAAAUAGUGUGGUUUCUCAGGCUGCUUACUGUGCUCAUCGGGCUGAAACGCUAGUUGCCAGCUUGUCAUUUCAUUAAAGUGUAUUCAGGCUGAUGAUAACAUGCUUAGAGGUGGAUUAGCGAGUAUUAAAGGUUUCGAAGUUUGGCAAAGGAA